ACCAACCAUGGCAACUAAUACUUAUGCCAUGUUGUCAAUUUCAAUUCUUAUGGCUAUGUUAUGCCUAUCCAAAAUCAAAUGUGAAAAAUCACACAAAUUACAACCGUUAUUUAGUUUCCCAAAAUCACUAGCCUCAAAGCUUAGUCGUGACCCACAAAUCCUUUUAGAAGCCUCAACCGAUUAUGGGCACAUAAUUCACAAAAGCCCUUAUGCAGUUUUGGAGCCAUCAUCUAUCGAUGAUAUUGCAAACUUGAUUAAGUUCUCAAACUCACUUUCUAACCCAUUUACCAUAUCUCCUAGAGGAAAAGCCCAUUCAGUUCUUGGACAAGCCAUGGCACAAAAUGGGGUUGUGGUGAAUAUGACUCAACUUAAUGGGUUUAGAAAUGGAUCAGGGAUUGUAGUGUCUAAUUGUGAUGUGAAAAGCCCAUUGGAUUGUUAUGUUGAUGUGGGUGGGGAACAAUUGUGGAUUGAUGUUUUACAUGCAACAACUAAACUUGGACUUGCACCUCUCUCUUGGACUGAUUACUUGUAUUUAACUGUUGGUGGUACACUUUCUAAUGCUGGAAUUAGUGGACAAACAUUUAGAUUUGGACCUCAAAUCUCCAAUGUUCUUGAAUUAGAUGUUAUUACAGGGCAAGGUGAGUUUGUGACUUGUUCAAGAGAGAAGAACUCGGAGUUAUUUUAUUCUGUACUUGGAGGAUUAGGUCAAUUUGGGGUGAUAACAAGAGCAAGACUACCUCUUGGACCUUCCCCAACAAGGGCGAAGUGGCUGCGUCUAAUCUACGAUGACUUUUCUAAAUUUUCGACAGACCAAGAACAUUUAAUCUCAUUCAAUAACAAAAAUGAUACCAAUGCAGCAAAUUAUGUGGAAGGCAUUCUUCUAUUUAACAAGCCACUAUUAGAUCUUUCCUUUUAUCCAACUCCUGAUCAGCCAAGGAUAAAAUCCUUGGUAACUAAAAGUGGCAUUGCCUAUGUUAUAGAGCUUGUCAAAUAUUAUGACACAAAUUCUCAACCACGUGUCGACGAGGAAGUUGACAAUUUGAUCAAAGGAUUGAAUUUUGUUCCUACGUUCAUGUUCCAAAAAGAUGUUACAUACGAGGAAUUUCUAGACAGAGUUCAUGUAGAGGAAUUAGUUCUUAGGUCAAAAGGACUUUGGGAGGUUCCUCACCCUUGGUUGAAUAUGUUCAUACCUAAAUCUAGAAUUUCAGAUUUUAAUGAAGGUGUCUUCAAGGAUAUUAUUCUCAAGCAAAAUCUUACUCCUGUAAUUCUUCUAUUCUAUCCAAUGAACCGAAACAAGUGGGAUGAUAAGAUGUCAGCAGUUAUACCAAAUGAAGAUGUGUUCUACACUUUAGGUCUUUUGAAUGCUGCAAGUGGUUUAGAUGAGGUGAAGGCAUUUGAGGCCCAAAUCCAACAGAUAUUACAAUUUUGUAAUGAUUCUGGUAUUGAGAUUAAACAAUACCUUACAAGAAACAAAACACCACAACAAUGGAUUCAACACUUUGGCACCAAAUGGCAACUUUUUGAAGAUAGAAAAGCUAAAUUUGAUCCCAAAAGAAUAUUAUCACCCGGACAGGGGAUAUUUCAGUAGACAAAGUACUAGGUUUCAGAUAUGGCCCAUCUAAAUUUGUGUGGGUGUGUUAUUAUUUGAUUAAAAAA